GAGGCAUCCCCCUUUCCCCUCCCUCCUCCUUUAAAAUUCCGGUCCCUGUCGCUGUCCUGCGUGUCUGUGCGUCUGUCUGCGCGCGCCUUGGUUGCAUUGUGCGGUCCCGUCGCGAGCACGUUGCAUACCAAGUGAGCCACAAUACAGAGCUUUUUGCAGCACGAGGUCGGUCAUCUCCAUUUUUGUACCCCGCGUGUCCUUUUGGGUGAACUUUGAGCCACUAGAGGGGAUCGAUUGGUCAGGCGACAUUUUUAGGACUUAGUAAAAGGUAAAACUUAAACCUGUGCGCGCGUGGUCCAUGACACAUCUUUGCGUAAAACCAACUCGGAUACUUUAAGGAACAAUGUGUCUUUCUGCAACACAAGAGGUUUAAUUGAAACAUCAGAACACGCAGUUAUAUUUAAGCCAAAAUAUGGAGAAUUGGUUUAAUUUGUUCACGUUUUCUUUUAUUAUUAACUGUCAAAGCGCGGUGACGCAAAAUGGACCGGUCUUUUUGGAAAACGUCAUUCACUUUUUUGGGCAAAAUGAAACGAUUUCAACGCGGAAUUUUGAGGAUUUGUUGCUUUUGAUUUCAGCCAGGAGACCAGAGUCUAUUACUGUAAACAACCCACUUGAAGACCAACCGUGUCUUUCAGCGGGGCAGAUUCUGACUCAGUUGGGGUUGGCUAACCUCAGUCAGCUGAGCGUGGAACAUCUGGAGAGGAUGUGUCCGGCCGUGUUGACCCAGGUGCUGCUGCCCUCGUGCCCCUUCGUUGUCCCAGAGCCCCCGCCUUCCAUCGACUACUCUGUUUGGGGAUAUGGGUUCCUGGCUGUCACCAUCAUAAACUUAGCUUCUCUUCUGGGUUUGUUCCUGUUACCGUUCACAAAGAAACCAUAUUUUCCAAAGGUUUUGACCUACUUCAUUGGUUUGGCCAUCGGGACGCUGUUCUCUAAUGCAGUGCUGCAGCUCAUCCCAGAGGCCCUCGGUUUUGAUCCUAAAGAACACAACUAUGUUGCCAAAGCAGUGGGCAUUUUUGGAGGAUUUUAUGUGCUUUUCUUUGUGGAGAAGGUUUUGAAAAUGGCACUCGGACUGGACCAUGAUCAUGGCCACAGUCACUUCCCUCCACUGGACCAUCCCGAAAACUCUAUUCACAACGGAGUGAUCACAGAGAAGAAGGACUCCAUCAUCCUGACCAGCAUCAACACCAUCUCUACAGGGGACAUGUCACAGACCAAUAUGAUACCUGCACAGGAUGUUCCAGGCACUGAGGUGCGUUGUCACUGGUUACGGGGUCAGAAGAUCACGGACAUAAAGACUGUGGCCUGGAUGAUCACCCUUAGCGACGGGGUUCAUAACUUUAUCGACGGUUUGGCCAUCGGAGCCUCCUUCACUGUGUCGGUGCUUACCGGCUUCAGCACCUCCACUGCCAUCGUCUGUGAGGAGUUCCCACAUGAACUAGGAGACUUUGUGAUCUUGCUGAAUGCUGGGAUGAGUGUUCCACAGGCUAUUUUCUUCAACCUGCUGUCUGCUGUGUCCUGUUACAUUGGUCUGGUGCUUGGGAUACUUCUUGGGAGCAGCUUUGCCCCAAAUGUAAUCUUCGCCAUUGCCGGAGGAAUGUUCUUGUAUAUUGCCUUAGCUGAUAUGUUUCCAGAAAUGGACAGUAUCGCUCGGGAGCAGUCUAAACGCUCAUCCAAAAUUAUAUUCUUCCUGAUCCAGAACGCAGGACUCCUCAGCGGAUUCACCAUUAUUCUACUCAUCACAAUGUUUGCUGGAGACAUCAACCUGGGCUAAAAUGGACCAAAACAAAAUGACAACCCUUAAGUCACAUACUGCUUAAAAAACUGCUUUUUCAACAGAGCAGGAAGAAAAGUGUAUGCACAAACCAAAUGCUUAAGGAAAACUUUAAACUUUUUAGUGGACUGUUUACUCCUAUUAAAGGGAAAAUCUUUGCAAUCAUUUGUAUGAAAUGUAGUUAAAUUUAUUUUAAGGAGACAAUAAAUUAUUUUUUCAGUCUUCGUAAA